UUGACAUUGAAGACAAUCUUCUGAUGGAGUUAAAAAAAUUUUUCAACGCAAUGGGAAUAUUUAAAUUAUUGAUUAUUCUAAUUCUACAAGGGGUGUGGAUGACAGUAGAAGGGUCUAAAAUAUCUCGAACGAAUUUUAAAAUUGAUGAGAAAAAUAUUACAUGGAUCGUUGGAAUUUUUGAACGUUCGAAAAAUGAUCCUAAUAAAUUUGAUUACAAAUGUCAAGGUGUUCUUUUCAAUCCUCAAGCUCUGUGGACAGUUGGAAGUUGCAUUGAUUUAAACAAUGAGCCAGAAAAAAAUAUUAAAAUUCGCCUCUACAAUUGGCAAAAUACUGUACAGUUGACUAAACCAUCUCCUUAUCAAGAGCGUGGAAUAAGACGAGCAGGUUAUAAAGAACUUACCUCUAACUCGUUGGAAAAACUAGAAGUGGACAGAACCAUUCUUUUGUUCCUUGAUCGUCCACUUUUUAUCAGUCCCAAGCCUGCAUUCUGGAGUGAAAUGGAAUCGCUAAUUCCAAAUGAAUGGAGUGAGGAUAUAGAACUAGAUAAGUGUGCUCACAUCAACCUGGAAAAGAGUGUAAAUGGAGAACUUGUUGUCAGACAAUACCCAGCACAUUAUGCUGAGGAUGAUCAUGCACUUUGUCGUAGAUUUGAUAGUAAGAAUGGAAAAUGGGUUACUGCUAAAACAAAUUGCUCCUUCUCUACUAGUAUUUUUUGCGCUACUCGAACUUAUCCUGGAAGUUUGUUCCUGGAUGCUCCAGCAAAUAGUAAUAACAAUCUAGGAGCAUCAUUAGUCUGUAAAUACGACGGGACUGAAGAAUACAUAGUCAUGGGAAUUUUAGUAGAUAAUACACCAUGUGCUGGUCGCUAUGUAAAAUUUUGAAACAACAGAAAAAUAAUGAAAGGUGUUACUAGAAUUAUCUAAAAAAUUGUUGUUAUUUUAUGUUAAAAUAAACGAAAAACUACUGCAAUA